GACAGAGGGGUGGGGAUGACUGGUGAGUUUUUAAUGGGGAGGGUUGACUUCACUCCAGGGGCUGACAAAACACGCGUGAAGCGCACGGUCAUGUUGCAGCGCAGGGUUUUCCACGCGGCUCUUAAGCACUUUUUCACAGGGACUCAAGAAACCAAACGAACUCUGCCAUGUGGGCUCCUCUGUGCGCAGAGGUGGGGACACAAUCUCGUCUUGCACAGGCGCAAAUCAAGUCUCCCAGAUGUGAGGGAGCGGACUCUCAUCGCCAUAAAGCCGGACGGAGUCCAGCGUCGCCUUGUUGGACAGAUCAUCCAGCGGUUCGAGCAGCGAGGUUUCAAAUUGGUCGGGCUGAAGAUGCUGCAGGCGUCUCAGGAUGUCCUGUCCGAGCACUACUGCAACCUGAGGACCAAGCCGUUCUACGGCAGUCUGCUGCGCUACAUGACCUCUGGACCCCUGGUUGUGAUGGUAUGGGAAGGGCAUAACGUCGUUCAGACAUCACGGACUAUGGUGGGAAACACUAACCCGGCUGAGGCUCAGGCAGGAACCGUCAGAGGAGAUUUCAGCAUUCAUGUCAGCAGGAACGUGGUCCAUGCCAGUGACUCGGUGGAGGGGGCUAAGAAGGAGAUCCAGCUGUGGUUUCAAACCAAAGACCUUUUGGACUGGGACUCCUGGGACCAGACCAGCACCGGCGAUGUGUGAAGACGGCAUCAAUCGAAGGAAGUGAGAGAAAGAUUUACUGCCUUUUUCCCUGCUGCUCAGUGGUCCGUCACUUCAGUGCGACCAAAGGCGAUUGUAAAACAUGAGCCAUAUUCAGUGAUCUCAGUGAUUUACCUCAGAAUUGCACACAAAUAAAAAUGUUGAUGUUCUGUCAGAUUUUAGUUUUUAAUCCUUGUUUGAACUGGUGCAUAUUUUAUUAAUUUGUAAUCAACAUGUUUCUGUGUAAUGGUUAAGUUACUUAAGGGUUUAAGAUGCAGAAUGUUGACUUAAGAGUACACAAAGUUAAUUUAUUAUGAUUGUAUUUUUAAAAAAAUGUUCUGUUUGAACCUUUCAUCCACAUUCUCUCAGCGAAGAAACACAUUUUACACACACUUUCUAGACUGGCUUCUCUUUUUUUUUUGUCCCCUAAGCAAAAAUGUUGUAUUUUAGCCAACUUUUUCUACAUUUGGCAAGAUUUGUUUUGAGGCCAUAAUUUGGCCAUGCACUGAAAAUAUUAAUAAAAGAGCAAAAAUGGUUAAAAGUUUUUAAAAAAUGAAACAAAACUAGAAUAAUGUUUAAGUAGAUAAUGACAUAUUUUCCUUAGAGGCGCUAAAGCAAUAACCCAAAAAUAAAAGCAGGUUAGUGUGGUCAAGGGCUCAUUUUUGGGCUCGGCUUCAAUCAUACCUGUAUAUUUUUAGGACAUUUUUCUUCACAUUCUGAUCACUGCAAAAUAUUCAAAGCUGAGACAGAAUUAAAAAUAAUUGUUUCAAAAUGAUUUUUGCUGUGCAGGAGGAGUUUAAAAGUUGGAUUCACACAACAUCACACACCGUCAACUGAACAUUUCUCCCUCAUCCUUUCCUUCAUAGGACUGAUUUUUAUUGUUCGCAAUGUUACCUGCUAGCUUAAAUCUUCCUUAAGACUCUCCCCCAAGGAGAGCCCACACGUGGAUAUUGUUCUAACUUAUGCUUUCGUUUACUUGUCGUUCUAUGACCUCUCUGAAAUAGGACGCAGCAAUGGCACAUUUGUAAAAUGUUCUGUAUCAAAAUAUCUAAAAUGAGCCAUAAAUAUAGAAAGUAAACACAUCUUCAUCCCUGUGACGAUGUUAGGAAAGCAAAUCAGGACAGGCUUGCAAAACCAACACAGGGUAAUCUGAAAGGUCAGUUGUUGUUUACACGGUAAAAUUUGACCUCUGGUGAAAGUUAUUUGUAAAACUGGUGAAGCAACGUUAUGUGCACAUCACGUUGAUUUUCCUUCUGCUUGUGUACCUGGAUGAGUGUUUUUGUUUUUUUGCGUGUGAGGGGUCUCAGGGUCAAAAACUUUUCACAACUGAUAGAAAAAGACUUGAAAGCUCCUGCUGAAUUUAGUGUUGAGAGAUAUCAUGAGUUAGAGGAUUCAAAAUAAACAUUACAAAUGCAUCUAUUGACCUCUACUGGUGAGAUGUGAAUAUUCCAAAUAGGAAUAUUUCUGGGUUUUAAGCAAUAAUUAACAGAGCAAAUGAUCGCCUCACUGCCUUGAACACAACAGAAAAUCAACACUAAUGUUUUUUUUUUGUUUUGUUUUUUUUAAUGUGAUAUGCUUGUACAUUUAGACUGAAACAACACGUGGCUGUACAAAGUGACAUAAUAAAAAUGAAUGUGAAAUAAACAUCAA